GACGAUGGGCCCGGAGUUUGUUCGGGCUUCGAGGAAGAGCACGGACUGACUGACUGCGACCGAAGGGGGAGGGGAGCGGAUGCGCAGCUGCGCGGAUGCCAUAAUUCUUUACUCUCUCGUGCGUGUUGCCGGGGUCAGCUCGAGGUAGAGGGACGCUUUGGUUUGCGAGUCCAGAUCUUUGGGCGGAUGUGUGCUUGCUUGCUUGCUCGCUUGCUGCUUGCUGGUUGCUUGCGUGCGUGAGUGCGUGCGUGUGAGACCGUCUUUCUCGACGUAUUCUUUUCCUUCUUUCUUUCUCCCACCAUUGCGUUCCGGAAUUCCUCCUGUAGACGGAUUUUGGCACCAUCGAUCAGCCCUCGCGUCGGUCUCAGGCGAGAUCAACCGCGCUCCAUCGCGUCACUGCGUCCGAGUUAUGGCUGAUGAGCAGAUGGGAUUCGUGGAUCGGGUCGGUGACUGAAGCUUACCGGGUAGAGAAAGGAAGGGCAGAAAGCGAGGAACGAUGUGGUCUUCCGAGUGAUCGUUCGCUGACAGGUCAAAAGCAAAAGGCAUGACCGACUUCGACUAGCGAGAGCUGAAUGGGUGUUCUUCGACAGCGAAGCAGGAAAGCGUAGUGAUGCCAGGAAAUGUGUCGGAGUGCACUGGAGUUCGUGUUCUGAUCUUCGCCCGACUUCUAACGUGGAGGGUGGCUGAGUAAUUUAAUCGAUCAGACAGCAUUGGCCGGAGCUCAACUCCGUGAAGGCGUCAAGGGACACGCUGAUCAGGCAUUGAUUUGGGUCGAGGACACGAUAGGGGACGCCCAGGAAUGAGAGAAGCGGUGGAAAGAAGACGGAUUGGGAUGCUCAGGACCUUCCUUCGUGAUUCUUUGCAACUACUAUGGAUGGUUUAGACAGGGGACCACAAAGUUCUUACAUUUGGAGAGUGUACUGCCUCCUUCUGGGGCAUCAGGAUUCUUUACUCGGUCUUUGUGUUUGCUCUGCAGCAGUCGAUCUCGCUGUGCCCCGAUCAGACCAUUCGCCCGUGUUCGCAUCUGAGAUAGGGCGUGCAGUGCGCAAGUCUAAGCAUGACUGAUGUGUCGUCAAACUACCUGGCAGGUGAGCAUAAGAUGAUAGAAACAGGGAAAGGGGGUACUGGUCUGAAUCCAAGGAGCAAGGAAAUGACCAAGAAAUCAGUGGUUUCAGCGGCCGACACAGACAGGGAUGAUCGGAGCGUGCGUUCUGCACCCAAGAGUGAGAGGAGUGUCAGCAUUGCCCCCACUGCCAAGGUUGAUGAUGAUGAGAAAGGCUCCAUCGUGGACUCGUAUGCUUCCCUGAGGAUUGCGAGCGGCCCUCGAGUGAAGAUUGCUGACCCCGACGAUGACGACGAAGAGGAGGAAGUCGACGAGGACGGUGCGUUUGGCAGUGGAGACGAGGGCCUCGAGGAAUACUCGGAUGACUCGGGGUUCGAGCAGGGAGACGAGGACGAGGACGAGGACGAGCUCGAUUAUGAAUCCGAUGGAGGUUUUGAGGACGUAGAUGGAGGAUUUUCAGGAUACGCCAAAAUUGCUGUAGACGGCGUGGAGUUUGAUCAUGGUAAAACUAUAGAGAGGAAGUUUUCACCCUAUGCAAGGAUUUCUGCUCCGGACACCACUGAAGCCGAACACCGAAAGUAUAUUGACCGGGACUUUUCACCCUACGCGAGAAUCUCCGUGGCAGGCAACGACAACGACAAAGAUGAUGGCUCGUACGCAAGAGUUUCUGUAGCGGGCAGUGAGAUUGACAGGGAUGCCGGAUAUGCUAGAGUUUCUGUCCAUGGCAGUGAAGCUGAUUUCAACUAUGGAGAUACGAACGCCCGAGUCUCCGUUCACGGAAGCGAGGGCAAGGAGAUGGAUCGAGAGAGUUUUUCCGGAUUCGCAAGAAUAUCGGUGGCUGGUAGCGAACCGGAUCAAAACUAUGCGGACAGGUUGGCCCGAGUCUCCAUUGCAGGCAGUGAUCAUGGGCGAGACACCGACAGGGAGCUCCCAGCAUAUGCCAAAGUUUCCGUCGCAGGUAGUGACCACGGUAGGGAGACCGAAAGAUAUGCAAGAGUGUCUGUUGCCGGGAGCGAAUACGAGCAAGGCAGGGAUGCGGAGAAAGCCUUCUCUUCCUACGCAAGAAUUUCUGUGGCAGGCAGUGAAGCGGGGUACCGAAAGGAGUCGGAACGAAAAUCAACAAAAUAUUCCCUAAAAUCUGCAGCCAGAAGCGAGAGGGAUCACGCAGAGGAGAGGGAAAAUGAGUUCACUACAUACGCCAGAGUCUCGGUCGGAGAGGCCUACAUGGAUAUGCCAAGCCCCAGUGGAUCGGGAUUGAAGAUCAAGAAGUAUGAGAAUGAACUCUACUCUGACAAUGAGAAGGAACUGUCGGUCAGUGGCUUGGUGGUACAGGAUGAAGACGAUCAUGACGAGGAUGAGGACUACGAUGCAUUUUUGGAGCUAAGUGCCGAAACCAGGGCCAAGCUGCAAUAUCAAGUGAGAGUUGUCCUCGUUUCGCCCCUCUUCGAAGGCAAAGACAGGAAGCUUUCAGCGUUCUCCGGUGUAUACAAGAAGAAGUUUGGAAGAGAUUUGGAAGAGACCGGCUUCAGCUCUGCUGCCAGACUUUGCCGCGCCAUGCCUCACGUUGUACAGAGGUCGCGAUUGGAAAAGGAGGGAGAGCUGAUUCUAGUUGAUUCUGCUAAGAAUCGACGAGCAGUUGCUGGGAUCAGGUCAGGCCUACGGCGAAUCGUGCAUGAUGUGCUGAAGGAAUCGUCCGAGAAGAUGUCAUUUGAACAGCUUGAAGAAAGAUGUUCAGAGCUGCUUGGGGCGCCGUUGGUUGACAUACUAACUGAGCAUGGGUAUGAUACUCCCACCGUAGAGUGUCUAGUGAAAGACAUGCCUGAUAUCGUGGCCUGUGAAAAGGAUGGGCCCAAAAGAGGAGCGAGUCUUUGUGCUGGCGCAGAAGAUCCUGCUCUAAGCGACGGGCUGCUCAUUAAGAGUUCUCCUUCAAUGAGGAAUAUAAUUUACACGCCGGAUAAAAAACAGUCAACUGAUCUGGAAAAUUUGCCGCAAGCCACGUCAGAAUUAACAAACGCACCAAUUGUUAUCGAACCUCAGUUGGAAUUGACACCAGACAAGCUGAAGUUGUCAAAGAAACAAAAGGUGGGAAGUAAUCUUACCAUGCGUGGUCUGAAGAAUGAAAUCAGAAGAUACGAUGUGACCCCUGGGCCAGCUCAUUCGCUGGAGGAUGAAAUUUUGCAAGCUAGACUUCGCAUACGAAUUCUGCUGGCUUUUCACAAUUCCGGACACGGCGUAGAAGUGAGCCAUCUCUGUGAGCUUUAUGAAGCUACAUUCAAGGCCAGUAUAGAUUUGCAGUUGCUAGGAUUCAGUUCGGUUCUGGAGCUUGCCCGUUCGUGGCACGACAUAUUCUUGUUCCAAGAGCCGAGGCCUGACUGGGUGUUCCUCGUCCCCCUUGAAGCAAACAAGAGGAUUUUGAACACUGUUCGAACGGGUCUUCGGUCUGCUGUCUAUCACGUGUUGUCAAAGGUAUACCCAGAUGGGCUGGAGCCAAGUGAUUUUGUCCAUCGCCUUCAGGAGUCCCAAGAUGGAAAGCUUUGGGAGGUACUCCAGAACAACGGGUACAGCUGCUCUGAACCGGGAAAGUUGGAGAGAUUUCUGAUCUCGAAGUUUCAGUUGGCUGACUUUGAGGAGAUUCGGCUUCUUCUGGAUGAUAUGAUGGAUUUCGUUCGUCUGGGAUCAAACGAGGAUGGCUCUUUGGUCAUUAAACUCAUAAGUGAGAAGUACCCUUUGCUUGACUUAGUAGAUUGUAAGAUGGAGGAGACGGACCUCGGCAGUUUUGAUGAGCUCUUCGUGAACCUGAUGAUGCUAGCUGUAGAUGAAGAGGAUGGUGGUGCAGAUGACGGUUCAGAUAACGGCUCAAAGCAGGGGGAUGCGGAAUCCUUGAUCGUGGACCAAGUACCGAUCACGGUGGGUCUUGUACGAGCACGCGUAGAGUGCUUCGAGAAUGGAGGUCUUCGGGACGCACAUACACCCACUCCUGAUAACCUAAGAUUCAAGCAUGAAAUUCGACUCAUACUCGCCUCUCCGGAAUACAUCGAGAAAGGAGUGGCUUGGAGUGAGCUGAACAAGAUCUACAAGGAUCGAGCUGGACAGGAGCUAGGUUCAAGAACAAAAGUAAAAAAGCUCUUACGCGAUAUGCCAGAUAUCGUGUGUAAGGAGUCAUUGACAGAGAGAUACGCGCGGCUUUCCAAAACACCGAAGAACAUGCGAAUCCUCUCUGCAACGAGAGCGGGAUUGAGACAGGUUCUGUUCUGGGCUUUGCUCAAGAACCCGGGUGGUGUUUGGGCUAAUCUCCUUGAAGGAUGGUUCGCGGACUUUGCAGGAAUGUCUCUUGCUGCUACUCUUCUAAGCCAUGGGUACGAAGCAUCAAAAUGCAAGCCUCUGUUUCCCGUCUCGUCCCUCCUUAGGGACAUGAGUGAUCUGUUGGAAAAACGGUUCCCUCAUUGUGAAGUUUACGCCUGGGCGGGCGAGGUGCAAGAUCCUGUUCAUCAGGAUGCAACCCUCUUGGGCAUACCAGAGCUUAUGAUUCAGUAUGAUCCUUUGCGAGGAGAUACCCAGUCUGUGCCAGACAGGGUAGCAGCCUUGUACAAAGAGUUCGUCGAGAAAGCCGCACUCAAGGAAGAUAAAUCUAGCGAGGAAGAUCAUCAGUCAGAUUCCGAGUCUGAUGAAGGAUCGACUAAUGAUAUUGCUGAGAAGCCAGUUACGGAUGCAGAGAAGCAUGGAGCCUUCAACGAGCCAGCGGUCCCGCAUCUAGUUGAUCUGGAAAUUAAACGAAGUUCUAGUGAAACGAUGGAGGAGGUCCCUGCCCAGGAUACCAUUGUCAUCCAACCUGAAAUGGAGGAGACAGUGCUGAAGAUUGACAUUCCUGAGGAAAUAGCUGAGAAAGCCGCGGUGGUAGAGGAACAAGCGCAGUGUGAAACUCGUGCAGAAACGGUUGUUACUGAUGUGACAGCGGGGGAAAGCUUUGUUGAAGUGGAAGGUGAUAUGAUUUCUCUCAACUUUAGGGACGAGAGAAUAGAAGAGUCUGAAAAGCUCACCGAUGCCGAUACUGCCGUUUGUGAAGACAGGGUGAAAACGGAAGACGAAGAGUACAAUGGAGAUAUUGAGGGUAACGGAGAGUCAGAAAGUGAGGAUAAUGAAGAAGAUAAGAGAGUGUAUAUUUCUGAGAACAGAGACGAAUGGGAAGCGGAUCAUGAGAGAGUCUAUGUUCUUGGCGGUAGUAGCGAAGAACUAAGGAGAGGAGACGAUGAGAGAGUCUACGUUCCUGGUAGCAGUAGCGAGGGUUUGAGGGUAAGAAAAGAAGAGGAUGACAAGGAGAACGACGAUUCUGUGGCAGAGGCUUAUGCUCAACUGCGUGUGCACGGCAAGGGUCCAGCCGUCAACUUGGACGAAUGGCAGUUUACAGACUCCGACGAAGAUUAUGGGAUGGACGAGGACGACGAUUAUGAAGAUGACGAGGUAGAAGAGGAGGAUGAAGGUUCAGGAGGGUCGGACGUACAACCUAAGGUCGAUCAAAAGCAACCGAGGGUCACUGUUGCUUACGAUAACGACUCCAAUUCCAAGGACUCCAAGAAGGCGUGGGUUCUUCCCAGCAAGGGCAUUCAUGUGAAGUAGGUGAUACCUCCGAAACUCUCACGGGUCAAAUCUGGACCUCAUGAAGGAAGCAUGACAGGAGUUGGGCAGUUGCGGAUAUGCAAAGAUGAGAACCAUGGAGCAGAUUGACGAUGGUCUUCAAGCAAAUGACUCAGUGAUAUGCUCCAGGAUUGAUAGUACUUUUAAUUACUCAGGGGUAUAUGUAUCUUGCCAGCGGCUGCCCGUGCUGAAGAGAGCAUGGACUACGCCGAGCAGAGGUCAUUCUUUGCAGUAGUUCAUGAGAAUCCUCAACGUGGAUUCCAUGAGAGAAUGUUUCACCCAUGUAAGGGCAGAGUUCUAUCCAUCAUUCUGGAAAUGGGGUGGACUAGAAGGUACAUUUUCACAAAAAAUCCCUUGUAAAGGGUGAGUCGAUCGAAGACAAAGCAACAUGUGCGAACCUUGGACGAGGAGGAAAGAGGUUAGUAGCAACUGUGGAAGAUCACUAUCACUCAGGCUCCGUAUAGUCACUUUACUAGUAUCGAGUGUUGUCGCCCAUAUUCCCCCAUUUUUACCCACCCUACGACGAAGGUAUAUGGAGUGAAUAAUCAUUCUAGAGUUUCCAUUCUUAUGUAUGGAGCCUCUGUUGGUUUCAAGCGUGCUUGAAUGUAUCACAUGUGGGGUGUACGAGAAUCAUCACUGAGGACUACGACAGUGGAACUCCUCAAAAUGUGGCCUAGCCCAGUCUGUGGAGCUCAAUCUUGCCGAAGAUGAUCAGCAAACUCAGAAGAGCCUCUCAACUAUGUCCUUGACUAGCUUUGUUAGGAAGGAGUGGUUGGUAUGUUGUAACAGUAUGUCUUCAAGUAAUCGAGUAUUGGUCUGGAGAACGUGACAUGAGUAACUAAUUCUGGUGCAUUCAAAGCACGCCAAAAGGUUACAUCUAGGAUCAUGUGACAAACUUUCCCAGACAAUUGUUCAAAUAUUGGAUAGUGGUAUGAUUUCCAUUCUGAUCAGUUCUUUAGGCAAUUCAUUUAAACAGACAAAGAUUCCAACUUUGUGUGAAAGCUAACAUGUCAAGCAGCUUGGGCGUCCUGAUGUUGGGGUGAUGUCACCUCCUGGCAUGCAGUUCAAGACUUUGUAUCCGAGCUGCGAGUAGUUGUAGAAAAAAAUGAUUGGUUCUGAGCAUCUUCUUGGAUUACCCGCCUAGAUCGUGCUUGGCUUCUGAGUAAUGGAGAGCAUGUAUCUGUCUUGGUAGUACUCUCUGGUUAAUGACUUGGGUGGAGUCUUAUGCUGGAGUGUAAUUUGUUUCCAUCAGGUUUUUGGAAUUCCACCUAUGCUCUCGGUGGGUUUGUUAUCAAAAAUAUUGUACAGCUGUAGUUGAACCAACAUUACUCGCGGAGAUAUUUCUCUUUCAGUAAUUUAACGGAGCACGAACGUCUGGAUUCUGCACGUGAGCUCUUGGAUUGUUGGAAUCUCUCGGUUUCCUGCCCUGUUAUACUCUGAACUCAGUGGAUUGAGUCAUUGUCGGCCACUGUGGACAUUGGAGGAAAUCGAAUCCUGAGUUUAGGAGAUGUAUAGGGAUGGGAAAGUUCUCAAAUGAGCCUCAGUGUACGCGGACAUCAAUGAUGCAGUAGAUUCAUAUAACCUCAGAGAACUAGUGAAGACGUUCGUAUUGACGACAAGCAUUUUCACGAAGAUGUAGCGUCGUCCAGUGUGAGAACGGAACAAAAUCAGCAAAUCUUUUGUAGGGGAUGCUGGAGUUAAGACUGGAGACACGUUUGAGCGUAGGGUUAUGGUCUCAUUGUAAGAACCAUAUAAAGAGUUAUGCACCAGGUAUGCUGAGUGUUACGAGAAGUAAGAAGAUUGCAUGAGACUCGAUCGUAGAAUGCUAACCUCAACGGUGCA